CUGGCUGCGCGCUCGCAAGCUGCUGGGGCGGCGAGUUUUCUUUGCUCCGGCCCCUCCUCCCGCCCUCCCCGCAGGGAGCCGAGCGGCUGCCUAAGAGCCUCUCGCAAGUCUCUCUCACACUUCUCCGCCGUCACCCCAAAGGAGCAGCCGCUCCUCCUCGCGCCUCCACAGCCGCCGCGGCGCCCGCGGAGCUCUUCUCCCGCGCUUCGCUACCCCGAUGGAGCCCGGGCGCCGCCGCCGCCGCUGCCCCGAGCCGUGAACCGGGACGCCCCGGCCGAAGGAACGUGCCGCCCGGCCCGAGGGCGCACCAGGCACACGCCAAGGCCGAGGGCUGCCGACGGUGGAAGGCGCGGGCUUCGGGAAGGAGAAAGUGCUGCUCUCCCGGGUCACUUGGCCGGCGGCGGGGGGACCAUGGCUUUGAAGGACACGGGCAGUGGCGGCAGCACCAUCCUGCCCAUUAGCGAGAUGGUCUCGUCCAGUUCGCCGGGCGCGUCUGCAGCCGCCGCCCCGGGGCCCUGUGUGCCCUCGCCCUUCCCCGAGGUAGUGGAGCUCAAUGUGGGAGGCCAGGUCUAUGUGACCAAGCACUCGACGCUGCUCAGCGUCCCGGACAGCACUCUGGCCAGUAUGUUCUCGCCCUCUAGCCCCCGGGGCGGCGCCCGACGCCGAGGAGAACUGCCCAGGGACAGCCGGGCGCGCUUCUUCAUCGACCGGGACGGCUUUCUCUUCAGGUACGUGCUGGAUUAUCUGCGGGACAAGCAGCUCGCGCUGCCAGAGCACUUCCCCGAGAAGGAGCGGCUCCUGCGCGAGGCCGAGUACUUCCAGCUCACCGAUCUCGUCAAGCUGCUGUCGCCCAAGGUCACCAAGCAGAACUCACUCAACGACGAGGGCUGCCAGAGCGACCUGGAAGACAACGUCUCCCAGGGCAGCAGCGACGCGCUGUUGCUGCGUGGGGCGGCCGCAGCCGCGCCCUCCGGCCCGGGAGCGCACGGCGGCGGCGGUGCGCCGGACAAGCGCUCCGGCUUCCUCACUCUCGGCUACCGCGGCUCCUACACCACCGUGCGAGACAACCAGGCGGACGCCAAGUUCCGGCGUGUGGCGCGCAUCAUGGUGUGCGGGCGCAUCGCGCUGGCCAAGGAGGUCUUCGGGGACACGCUCAACGAGAGCCGCGACCCUGACCGGCCGCCCGAGAAGUACACGUCCCGCUUCUACCUCAAGUUCACCUACUUGGAGCAGGCGUUCGAUCGCCUGUCCGAGGCUGGCUUCCACAUGGUGGCGUGUAACUCCUCGGGCACCGCCGCCUUCGUCAACCAGUACCGCGACGACAAGAUCUGGAGCAGCUACACCGAGUACAUCUUUUUCCGUCCAGCAUUAUGCAGUGAUGAUGGCAUUCACGUUGACUCCACACCAGGAUGGUGGAUUUAUUCUGUUUAUUCAGGACCACCUCAGAAAAUAGUGUCACCUAAGCAAGAACAUGAAGAUAGGAAACACGACAAAGUCACAGAUAAAGGAAGUGAAAGUGGGACUUCCUGUAAUGAGCUCUCCACUUCCAGCUGUGACAGCCACUCAGAGGCGAGCACGCCCCAGGACAACCCACCCAGUGCCCAGCAGGCCACAGCUCACCAACCCAACACCUUAACAUUGGAUCGCCCUUCCAAAAAAGCGCCUGUGCAAUGGAUGCCCCCACCAGACAAACGCAGAAACAGUGAACUCUUUCAGACGCUCAUCAGCAAGUCCCGGGAAACAAAUCUAUCCAAAAAGAAAGUCUGUGAGAAGCUAAGUGUGGAAGAAGAAAUGAAAAAGUGUAUUCAGGAUUUUAAAAAAAUCCACAUUCCAGAUUAUUUUCCAGAGCGCAAACGCCAGUGGCAAUCUGAACUGUUGCAGAAGUAUGGCUUAUAGUAAUCGUCACAUUCCUGCGGUAUUUCAGUGACAUUCGAUGUUUACCACAGUGUCCACCUGACUAUAUCCUAACCAUGGUCAGUGUGAUUCUUGCUGCUCUUCCUUUUUGUGAACAGUGGAUGUGGGACAGUAUUUUCUUUCAUUCUUUUUUGUUGUUGUUGUUUUUAGAAAUAUGAUUUUGAAAAAAAAUAAUGUUUAUUCAAAAUGGCAUAUCUGAUUCAACUCAUUUUGCAAGAAUGAAAGUAAAAUGUGCAUGAUCAAGAAGCUUCGAAUAUUGAUUUUUGAACUGUGGUCAACUGGAUAUGUUUGUCAUUUUGUAACUUACCAAAAACAAAUCAUCGUAUCACUCCAACAAAAAUGACAAUAUGGAUGAAGCAACAUCAAGUAAAAUGUUAGAUGAUGGUUUUGGGACCCAAAUCCAAAACUGUUUAAAUGUUAAUGCAAUAAAACAAGUUAUUAUUUUUGCAUGAACACAAUGUAACAAAUAAAUCACAAGAUGUAGGGAAGAUCUGUUUGUUGCUUGGAAAGAAAAAAAAUUACAAAAAAAUAAAGCAAAAAAAAAUGUUUCAGGCGAAGCCUACAAAUGUAAACUGUCAAGGAGAUUGAUUUUAUUUGUUCUGGAUCUGUGAUAUUUUUGUGUAUGUGUACGGUGUUCUGUACGUUAAGAUGGUGUAAAUAUGCCUUAUGCUGUUGUGUUAUGGCACUGACAUUCAUCUAUUAAUGCUAGUCAUGAUUAUUUCUGUGAAAUGAGUCCUUACAUCAGGCUGUGAAAAUUGGUAUAAUGAUGCUCUGAAAGAUCCUAUUAUCAUGUUAAUCAAAAUAAUUGAGGGAAAUGGUAAAGAGCUUUAUGUAUUUAUUAAAAAAAGGAAAAUAUAUUAGAAUGCCUUGAUUUCUAUGGACUCGUCUUUGAAAAUACUCAGUUGUCACACUGUCUCCUAUGUUCCUUUAAAAUCCCAAACUGGAGAAUGAUAUGUUCAACUGUAAUGUUGACAAGUUAGCAUUUUAACAUAAUUAAAAAUGGAUAUAGAUUCCAAUCCAGAUAGCCCUGGGAUUGAUUAAUAAACCCUUAACCCACAAGAGAAAAGGACUUCAUCUGAGAAUAUGCUAAACUUUUAUUUCAGCUGACAACCAGAUUGAAAGCUUCUCCAAAAACAAUUGGGAAGUUACCUCCUACAAAUUAAGAGACAAAAAUGUCAAUAGCAAGCUGAAAGGUUAGCCUGAAUGACAGGAGGUUUCUUCCUGGUUGCAUAUGUGGAAACGAGCUUUCUUACCAUAGGCUCCACAGUUUUUGCCUCACCAUCUCUAUAGAAAGAAAUACAUAGUAUCAUGAAAUUUCACUAAAGAAGAGAAGGUAAAAAUAUUCCCAAGAACUGUAGAGCUCAAUCUGUGGUUUGUUAAAACAGAAGUUGAGCAGCACUUGUGAUAUCAUUUCUUUAAUAAUAUAGGGAGAUAAGCAUUAUUAACUCAAUGUUUUAAUCUACAUACAUUU